UUAAAAUGCCAACUUGUGGAAAUUACAAGCUAAAGAGAAAGCUAGGUGAAGGAGGAUUCGGAUCAGUCUACCUUGCCAAACAUAUUGAAACUUCUAAGAAAGUAGCCUUGAAGAUCAUCAAGCCAGAGAUGAUGGAGCAUGUCAACAUGGAUGAUAUUGAGAAAGAAGUAGAGAUCCUCAAGCAGAUCGAACAUCCAUAUAUCACUAAAUUGGUUGAAGCAGGCAAUUGCCAACUCUCUUCCAGAGGAAGAUCUAAUGAAGUCUACUGCAUAGCACUUGAGGUUGCUUCUGGUGGUGAAUUAUUUGACUUCAUUUCAAUGACUGGGGCCUUCUCAGAGGAUGUAGCUAGGUACUUCUUCCAUCAAUUCCUUGAUGCUCUUGAGUAUUUGCACGAGAAAGGAAUCAGUCACAGAGAUUUAAAGACUGAAAAUAUCCUUCUUGACAAGAACUUUAACCUAAAAAUUGCUGAUUUUGGAUAUGCUUCUGAGAAGGGAUCUAACCAGACCCAAGUCGGAACUCCGGAUUAUAUGGCUCCUGAAAUCCUGCAAGGAGAGAAAUACAGCGGACAGAUUGCAGAUAUUUUUGGAGCUGGGUUAAUCCUUUUCAUGAUGCAUGCUCAAAGCAAAGCCUUCCUCAAAGCUGAACAAAGCGACCCAUACUAUAAAAAUAUUGCUUCUAACAGACCAGAUAAAUUCUGGAAGGAGCAUGUCAAGAGCAAGGGUGAUGAACACUAUUUCUCUGAAGAAUUCAAGGACCUUAUUACUGGUCUCUUCGCUUACAACCCUUUCCACAGAUUAACCAUCUCUGAGGUAAGAAGUCACGCAUGGUUCAAUGGAUAUUUGCCAACUUCUGAUGAAAUAAAAGAGGAAUUCCGCAGAAGAAAAGUUGACCUUGAAGACGAACUCAAGAGACAAAAAGAUGAAGAUCCAACCCAGGCUGAGUUUGACACCGCACUUCUCGAAGGCAACUCUGUUCAUAGAGGAAUUGGAGAUAGUGACGAAGAAACCAAGGAAAUUUGUGAAAGAGAAGAGCAGGAGUAUGAUGAAGACUUCGAAAAUUAUCACAAAUUCUUCUCGACUUCCUCUGUUGAAGAUCUCUGGACCAACCUCUGAGCUUAUGUUACUGGAAUUACUUCCGAGUACAAAUUCUCAGCCGAUGAAUACAGUAUCUCUGCUAAAGUUAUCAAAGAAGAGACGGAAGGAGAAGAGGACGCAAAGAAGGACUCAGAACCAAUUGAAUUCCUUGUCAAUAUUUUAAAGGUACCAGACCAAGAAAAGCAUUGCAUUGACGCAAUUGUUAUGAAGGGAAACAAAUUCAACUUCACUGAACAAUUCAGGGACCUCAAACAAUUCUUUGGAGGUCACGCUAAUGCUAUAAGUACUUAAAAGUUAAUCUCAAAAUUUAUCAAA